CUUAAUAACGUUGGUUGUGAUUCGCCGUAUAAUAUAGAAGAAGAUUGCGUUCAACGUUCCUUCUAUGUCCUCCCCGUUGAGUUUGUCCUCGCAUCGGUUUUUUGGUCUCUCGUUGGUCAGUAACAUACUGUGAUACGCUACAAAAAGUAUCUCGGAACACCUCUCUUGUUCUCUCAAUACUGGAUCUGCCUAUUGCGAGGAACCAUGUUUCGAAAGAAACUACCCUUUUCACAGAUGGCCCUUGCCGCAGUACUUGGGGUUGCGGGUGGUUUCUACAUCUACAGACCCUACUAUGACACAACGACAAAGAUCACAACACAGCAGCCAAACCAGGAUACGGCACAAAAAGACAAAGGAACUGAUGGAAAUAAAUCAUGCUAAAUGUAAUAAGGGACACAGAUAAACAAAUAUUUUAUUUACGAUAA